AUGGCUUCAUCACAAUCAUCAACAAUAUCGAGUGGUCAUUUAAGUCAACUAAAUGAGACUGCAAAUCCACAUUAUGCAUGUUAUUGGUUAGAUUCCUGUGGUGGUCAUCAUGAAUUGAACCAAUGUUCUCGUUGGCGCACCGAAUUACGUGGUAAAUUGGGUAUUUAUUAUUCACAAAAUGGUAAGUAUACAACGUUUGAUUAUGAUCACAGAAGUGGUGUCAAUCUGAAACAUAAUCGAACCGGAUGUACAACAAUGCAUCUAUUGAUUUAUACUAUCAGAUCAAAUGGUGAAACAGAGAUAUUAUUUGGAUUUAGCAAUCGUAGAAACAAGCAUAGUAAAGCUAAUCGACGUAGUUUACUGUCAUUUCCAACUUCAAAACCACGAAAACGUAAUGAAGACGGUGAACAAAUAGCACGACGUGCAUUUAAAUGGAUUGCAGAUCAAAUAGAUAUUCCUGAACACGGAUUAAAACCACAAAAUUUUACUCCGAAUGAAGAACUGCUGUCAUUACAUUGGGUUUCUUUGAGGCUUGUUCUUGAACGGCUCCCCGAGUGGACAAAUUAUUUAACUAGUGAGGCAACAGCAAAUGAAUUAGCACAACAGAGGGAUAUCAAUCCCAUUGGAAUUCAUUUAGGUGAACAUGAAUUGUGGUCAGUGACAACAACAUGCCUGAUGUGUAUUCGAGAACAUGUACCUGGCGGAUUCGAGACAUUUUUACAAGUGUAAAAUGCUAUACAUUGUUCUGUACUUUGAAUAAAACAUGAAAAAUAAGCGUCCUCUACUGGGUUUUCAAUUUGUAGGGCACUACUGAGACUAAUCAAUGAGAGACUCUAUGGACUUUUCUAAUUCUUUUUGAAUUUCAAAUAGAAACAAAAGACCACAAUUUUACACGACAGGGUUGGCAUCUGCGGAAUAGAAAAAAGCAAGUGCACUAUUUGCAACAGCUACGAUCAUCAACUCUUUAUAUAUCAACGUCAUUAGUUUAAUCAGGUGUCCAUAUCACAUUAGUACGUAUACCUGUUCAAGAGCAUGCUAUCUUGAGGGGAUGGGGGUGGGGGUGUAGGAUGUGGGGUGGAGUUAUGGUGGAGGUGGAGGUGCUCUGAAAGAAAAAAAGGAGUUUUGAAGAGCUAUUCUUGGUUGGGUGUGGGUGUGGGUGGGGUAUGGACUGUGGAUGUAGGUGUUGGUGUGGGUGUGGGUGUGGGUGGAGUGUGGGCUAUGGGUGUAGGUGUGGGUGUGGGUGUGGGUGUGGAUCGGUGUGGGUGUGGAUCGGUGUGGGUGUGGAUGUGGAUAUCUCUUUUAAAAGACGUGCAGCCACACCCACAAGCACACCCACACCCACACUCACACCCACGCCCACACUCACACCCACACUCACACCCACACCCACACCCACACCCACACCCACAACCACACCCACACCCACACUCACACCCACACCCACACCCACACCCACA